AUGUAUAGAGAGAUUCAAAUGUAGAAAAUAUUAAACAACAACUAUUUACUUGGAGUAUUCUUUUUUAUAAUCUGUAUCUACAUUUGGUUAGUUUGCUUAACAUUAAUAUACCCAUACUCAAAUACAAAUACAUUAAUCAUACAAAUACUUUGGGUUCCAUUACAAAUAUUUUAUAUUAUGGUUAUAUGGUCAAUGAUUAGAUGUAUUAUUAGUGAUCCUGGCAAAGUAUUUGAUAAAUUAAUUUCAGGUUCCCAUUUAUUGGGGAGUUUUGUUAGAUGAUUAAGAAUAAAAGAAAAGACGAUAUUGUUUAAUUUGUCAUAUUUUUAAACCAGAACGUUGUCAUCACUGUUCAACGUAUAUAAUAUAUUGCUAUUUAAAAAGUUGUUAGAGAUGUGUAUUAAAUAUGGAUCAUCAUUGUCCAUGGAUAGGAAAUUGCGUUGGAUAUCAAAACCGAAAGUUUUUUAUUUUAUUUCUUCUAUAUAUAAAUUUAUCAGUGUUGUUUGGCAUUGCUAUUACAAGUUUAAGAGUUUAUCCAAUAAUAAUGGAUCUUAUAUAUAUAAAUUGGAAGUUAUUAAUUGAAAAUUAUCUAGUUAUCCCUACUCUUUUAUUGUAAACAAAUUAAACAUAAUAGAGAAAUAAUAAUUAUUACAUUCGGAGGAGUUAUAUCCAAUUUCUUUGUAUUUCAUUUAGAUUUAGUUUCAACCAAUAAAACAACUAUAGACACUUUAGAAGUAAGAAGAAAUGGAAAUCCUACUUAAACUCCUUUGAAUGUAUAUGAUAUAGGGUAAUCAAAAUUAUCUAAAUAAUGUAGGAUUAAAGAAAAUUGGUUAUAAGUAAUGGGAAAUAACCCAUGGCUAUGGAUUUUCCCUAUGUUUGGAGAAAGUGGUAGACCAAAAGGUGAUGGUGUUAGAUGGGAGCGUAAUUAAAAUUAAUUAACAAUGACUGAACAAAAUGUUACACAUAGAACUUAAACUAACUAAAAUUAAAGAAGCGAAAUGACUUAACCUUAAUAAAGAGUGUGAAAAACAAUAAUUAAUAUAAAAUAUUUAUAUUUCCU